ACCAUCCAUGAGAUGCAGUUGAGGCGCGAGUAUGUUUCUCUCCAUCGACUGUCAGAUGUGUUGGUAGAAAGGGGAAUCAGGAUCACCAAAUCAUCAUUGGCAAGACUCGUGAAGAAACUUGGAUUCAGAUUCUACAAGUCUGGUUCAGAUCGGAGGUUUAUUGGUGAGCGUAAUGACAUUGUCAGUAUGCGCCAUACUUACCUGAGGUCCAUCCGAAACUUUAGAGAGGCGGGUCGUCCUAUUGUGUACUUGGAUGAGACUUGGUUGAACACCAAUCAUGUAGCGAGGGGAGAUUGGGUGCACUGUCCUAGGACAUCUACCUCUGCCUUUGAGUCACACCGUGAAGGUCAUGGGCGCUUCGUCCCACCUGGGAAGGGGUCUCGUCUGAUAAUUGUGGAUGCUGGUUCUUCGGCUGUAGGCAUGAUCCCGGGAUCAAGCCUAGUUUUCGAGUCAAAAACUGGCACUCAGGAUUAUCAUGAUGAGAUGAACUCGGGAAAAUUUCACGAGGUGGUUCACUGAGCAGUUGCUCCCUAACCUACCGGGUAAUUCAGUCAUUGUGAU